AUGUCACAUAUAAAGGAAUUAUUUGCUGCCACUGCUCGCCCUUUACCUCCUAUCAAUAGCUCCGGCUUUGGCUCGUACUUCGAUAAUCUGGGUAAAUUUAAGGUCGUUCUUCUCGGUGACGGUAGCCACGGAACAUCAGAAUUCUACGCCGCUCGAGCAGAAAUCACCAAACGCCUGAUCGAUCAUCACGGCUUCACCGUAGUUGCGGUUGAGGCUGACUGGCCAGACGCAGAGGUAAUCGACCGUUAUGUGCGCCAGCGUCCCGGGUCCAAAUCCCACAUUGGAGGCCACCCGAAAGGCUAUGAUCCUUUUACACGCUUUCCGACAUGGAUGUGGCGAAACCGCGAAAUGCAAGAACUAGUUGAGUGGAUGCACAGUCGUAAUAUUGGCAAGCCGGAUGAUCAGAAAGUUGGAUUCUAUGGGCUCGACCUUUACAGCAUGGGCGCGUCAAUCCAAGCAGUAAUCAACUACCUUGACCACGUUGAUCCAGCUGCUGGCCAAACUGCGCGCCAACGCUAUAGUUGUCUUGAAAGAUGGGUGGAUGAUCCCACGGCAUAUGGGCUAGCAGCCCUGUCUGGUAUGACAGAUUGUGAGCAAAGUGUUGUGCACAUGCUAUGCGAACUUCUGAUAAGCCGUCUGAAAUAUGCAAAACAUGCACAAGAUGGCGAGGAAUACCAUAGUACUGCGCAGAAUGCGCACCUGGUGCGUGACGCUGAGAGGUAUUACAAAGCCAUGUACUACAACUCGGCGUCAUCUUGGAACUUGCGUGAUGCACAUAUGUUCGAGACCUUAAAUCGGAUCAUUCAACAUAAAUCGUCAGGAAACAAGGCCGUAAAGUCCGUGGUAUGGGCUCACAACUCCCACUGUGGCGAUGCACGAUAUACCAGCAUGGGAACCAAGCGCAAAGAAGUCAACAUCGGCCAGCUAUGUCGUGAAAAAUUCGGCCGCGAAAAUGUUGCUCUCUUAGGGUGUGGGACACACACAGGCACUGUGGCGGCAGCACAUGAAUGGGAUGAAGACAUGCAAGAAAUGACAGUCUUACCAUCACGACAAGAUAGUUGGGAAUACAUAGCCCAUGAGACCGGGAUUCCGAGUUUCCUGCUCGAUUUGCGACAGGAUUGUGUUGAUUCGAAAUUGGCGCGUGCGUUGAGAGAGGAACCUGACAGGCUCGAAAGGUUCAUUGGUGUAAUAUACAAACCUGAGACGGAGAGGCUGUCUCACUAUUCGGCGGCUGACCUGUCCAAUCAGUUCGAUUCGUAUGUAUGGUUUGAUUGUACACAAGCUGUACAACCGUUGGAAAAACAUGAACCAAUAACAGGGUUGGGAAAGGAGAGUACUUAUCCGUUUGGAUUAUGA